AUGGUGAUCGGCCAAGCCGAUUCCACUGUCAAGUGUCGUGCGCUGUUGGACUCGGGGUCUGACAGCAACAUUAUCACCGAGAAGUUGGCGAACAAGCUUAAGCUGAAGAUGGACCUACCUGUGAGCGGUCUGAACGACAAUCAGACUCGAGUGAAGUACCUGCUGUCCACGAAGAUCAACUCCUGCGUCAACGCCUUCGCCUCACCCGUGUUGGAUUUCCUGGUCGUACCACGCAUCACGUCUAACUUACCCGUGGUUGAGAUCGACGUCGCAUCCUGGCCCCUACCGCCAGGACUGCAACUAGCUGACCCAAAGUUCCACACCCCUGGAGAGAUUGACCUUAUCAUCGGCAACGAAAUCUUCUUUGAUUUGGUCAAGAGCGGUCGCGUCAAGAUCGGCCGCAACGCGCCAACACUGGCCGAGACGGAACUCGGAUGGGUCCUAGGAGGAGCGGAGAUCGAGUGCGUCCACCCAGAGACCGACCUGACCGUAGCUGAGGCUGCCGUCGAGGAACACUUCCAGCGCACCCACUCCCGAGAUGCCGAAGGCCGGUUCGUCGUCCGGCUUCCUUUCAACAACCAGAAGAGUCAACUGGGCGACUCGUACAACAACGCGCGGAAGCGCUUGGACAAGUUGAUGAUCUCGUUGGCCAGAAACCCAGCCAAGCGUGUCGAGUAUUCCGCGUUCUUAACAGAAUAUCUCACACUGGGCCACAUGAAGGAAGUGCAACACGUGAACGACGGAGGUUACUACAUCCCACACCACGCGGUGUAUAAGGCCUCAAGUUCGACCACCAAGACAAGAGUCGUUUUCGACGCUUCGGCAAAGACCACGUCUGGUCUGUCGCUGAACGAUACUUUGGAUGUUGGGCCCACAGUGCAAAACGACCUUCUGUCGAUCAUCCUGAAGUUCUGCACCCACCCGGUCGUGCUGACUGCCGACAUCCCAAAAAUACAGCUGAAGGUUUACGAGUUGCAGACGGUGACAUACGGCCUCGCCAGCUCACCUCAUCACGCAACAAGGGCAUUGGUUCAACUGGCCACGGAUGAAGGCAAGGAUCUCCCGCUAGCGGCGCGCGUGGUCAAGCGGGACAGCUACGUCGAUGACUUCCUGACCGGUGGCUCGUCAGUCGCCGAAGUUGUCCAAAUCUACGAAGAACUGACGGAGCUGCUGCGCCGAGGAGGGUUCUGCUCGAACAGCACCGAGGUGCUACGAGCGAUCCCAGCUGAGCUGCACGAGAAGCAGGUUGAUUUCGGGGGAGUCCGAUGUCAACAACACAAUUAA